ACCGGAUGACGCUGUUGACGAACGUGGCCGGGAUGGCGAUGAGGAGCCAUUUCAUCAGCUGGAAGAUGAAGCUCCUGGGAUCCUUCUCCACUAUCGAUUUGACAAUCUUCCCGUCCAAGCUGGCCACGUAAAUGGACAGAAACGUCCUCGAUAUCAGCGCUACCGAAUGCAGGGAGAGCAACCCGAGCUCUUUGGACACGAGCUUGGGAAAGAGGAUUUUACCAAGUUCGAGGAUCUGCUUGAAGAAUUCCGCAUUUACCCCGGGGGACGGCUGCUUGUGACCCGCGGCACAUGUCUGUGUUUUCACCAAACAGGUGGAGCAGUUCUCCGCCUUCGAAACCCGGUGAUUGUUCCUGGGGUCUUUGUUUUUGCCGAGCUUCCUGUAGAGGAUGGGGUACAGUGUUUUGACGCCGUACGCGGCAGCCGCGAGAAACACGGCUCGCUUCGCCGCAGUCGUGCGGUCCCAUUUUACUUUGGACACCACAUCGAGGAUGUUGGACAUUUUGUCAAACGUUAGUCGUCCCUGCUGGCAAUCCUAGCACUACCCAUCCCCCAAACCCGACUCACCGUGUCGACAUAAAUAGAGAGACGGACUUCUGGUGGUUGGAUUGAUAUGAAGCGAGCCCGAUAAAUGUACCGCUACAUCCUGCUAUUUUUCUCCACCGUGGUCAAGCAAGACAGACUACACUAGGUGUACUUCCGGUUUGCACUUGUCAAAAUAAAACUCAAGGUCAACUCUCCUUAGAGCAGGUGGCAAUAUGAGCCGUGCAGUCAAAUGUGUGGUUUUAUUUUGUUAAGUUAACUUGCCUAACUUCCGGAGUUACUGUAGUUUUUUUAAACUGACGACUCGGCGGUUCUUAUUUCCGCCUCUGAUCAUUAGCCUUUUCUCAUUGGUCGCGCCCCCGGCACAGGACGACGAUUGGCUGCAUGAUGGACGUGACAAAGUAGUCUGUAAUCUACUGUAAUUUAUGAUAUAACAUAUGUCAUACAGUGAUUUUGUAUCCAGGAAAAAAUAUAUUGUUGGAAGCAACAUUGACUACUGAUAUCUUUUACACAAGUGGUUAAAAGACAUGAGCGUUAAGACCAUGGUUAAUACACAUUUAUGAACUUUUACAAUUGGCGCGUGAAAGGAUAGUGGUUGUUCCUCGCGCAUCUCUUUAUAUUUCCAGUACGAGCUUGUUACUAACUUACCUAGCAAAACCAUUAAGCUAACUAACCGCUAACGUUACCAAUGCUCUGUGAGGGAGUUGUUUUCACCACCCUGAAGUUUCCAUCACUGACAGUUACACUCGUUGGGGAUGAACUGGGUCGGGGGUUCGCGGAACCGGUUCGCGGUGAAGAAUGAUGCAAAGAAACAGAGGGAGUUCUUUGAAAAGAGAAAAAUGCAACAAAAGUUGAAAAACUUGGGAUUGGCUCUGCCAGCAUCCCCUCGAGGAACGAGCUCUGGUAGCAUGGACCUCGUGACUUUGUUCAUCGUCAACCAGAUCGCUGCUAAGAAGGAAAUUAAAGAUCCUCCAAAAGUGGCGGUUCUUGGCAGCUAUAAAGAAAGAUGUAAGCACAAGAGAAGUGGGCCCCUGGUGCUCCCGAUGAGCCCCUGCUCUCCAUCAAAGCUGACUCUUGUUGAGGGCCAGCCUCAGUUCAGCGCUCAAGGACAGAGAAAAAGAAAGCAUGUUAUUCCUCAAGGCUUCAAGUGCGGGCAGCUGUCACCAGUGCUGGAGUCGGCUUUCUCAGACAACAGCGCGUCUGACUACCUGCCUCCCACGACCGACCCCCUCAGCCCCUUCUCCUCCACCUCUUCAGCUUCGUCAGGCCAAGGCCAAAUCAAACUGGUCUCCUCAGGAAUAUUCCCCCCGCAGCAGAGGAGCCAGAAGCAGGCACCGCCACCCCCCCACUGCUCCAUUCCACCGUGGGACAGCGCAGUGCUGGGCCAGACCACGUUCCAGCCGUUCUCCCAGCCCAGAGGUAUGACGGACCCUAUCCCCUGGUCCUGUGGAUCAAACCCACCCCUCUACCACCUGAAGACCCCCACAGCGGCCAGAGUCCUGUUUAGAAGUCCCGAGCCACACAGGACAGAGGCCUGGGGCCAAACGAGACACGACGUUGCCUUCUCUCUCAACCAAUUAGAGGACACGGAGCUCACGCUGGAGUUCGCUCUCAACCAGUCAGACACCGAGCAGCAGUUUGAGGGGGACGUCUUCAGGGGCUUCAGCGCUGAAGCGUGUGAAAGAGCGUCUCAUUUUGGGAGAGGAACAUCAAAGAUAUAUCUCAAAGAGGAAACAGCAGCCGCAUCUUCAGCACCACAAACUGUCCCUGACUCACAGUGCAUGGAAGUGGAGGGUAGCGGCCACAUACAUCUCUCCAACUGCACCGACGGGAGCUUUUCAUGUCUCGAACGCGACGAUGGCCCCAUGAAUGGCUGUGAAUACUCGCCAAGCUACUCCUGUAGCGGAGGUUACCUCAGUUCAGACUCAAAUGAUGAUGAAGAAUGCUGUCUUCAGGCGGCCUCCUCACAUAUGGACCAGGCCUUUUGUGCCGAUAGCCUCCACUCAUACAUGGGCUCCCAGGGGAAUCCUAAACAAAGGCACAGCAAACCCAGGCCUCUCACCCCGCUCCUGAAUCCCAGAAGGAACACCGGAGAUGAUCAGGAAGUCAUGGAGAAUGCCGUGUUCCAAGUUCAAGCCUUCGGAGGUAACAGCCAACAGACGGGAAGCAACACUCCUCAGUUCGCACCUCCUCUGGCUCAGACUCAGAGGUCAGAGCUGUGCGCCUGCAUGAAAACAUCCAACGAAACCCGAGACGCGGGAACCCAAACUGUCGACAACCUCGAGAGGCAGGACGCCUUGACUCAGUGCGAAGUUGUUGCCAUAGAGGCCGCUGCGUUCAACUCCUGCCCGCCACCUGUUGACGUGUCAGUGCAGCAUCCGGCCACAGGGAGGCAAACUGACACCACUGCAGAGCCAAGCGCUGCACACCUUCAUCAGACCGGUGGAGGGGUGGAGAGAAGCACAAGAAGCAGUCCGGUUCCCUGUCAGGGAGCAGCUUUACAAACAAAUGCACCGAUGGCAGAGCGACCCUGCAGAGACACACGAACCCCUUUCUAGAUGCUCUGAGCAUGACCGACGGCAGAGGUACAACAGGAUAGGGAAAGACUGUGUCACUGCAUGUGUGAAUGAAGACUAUAGAUUCAUAUUUACAUACAAAUUCCUCUGAUAAAUACAGAACGGAACCGGGGUAGUUGGUUGACCGCGCAUGUUGUGUUGUUUCUGAUUAAGGAAAGGAGACUAGAGAGGGCAGAGAUGAGAGAGGGCAGCAGGAAAAUGGGCGUCUGACGAAAGGCCUCUCAAAGAAGCGAUGUAGGAGGUCACAUCCAGCACCAGGGCCUCCAACGGACUCCAAGAAGAGGCCGCCACACUUCAGGAAAUAGCUGACAUCUUGCUCCUGCUCAAACAGAGGAAGGAAGUAACCGAGUAAGGAAGUGAAUGGAAGAAAAUACGCAGGAACUGUUUCAUGCCUGUUCGGUGCAUGUUGUUUUGUUUUUGUUUAUAUUUAAUAGUUUGUUUUAAGCAUAUAAACCACAUGAAAUAUUCAAAGUGUUUGUUCAAAAAGUGUUGUGAAAGAGACCGUGUGAAAUAAAGCCCCGAAAGCGUGA